AUGGAGAGUGGAUUGGAGGAGGGCCAGCCUGAGAUAAAGGAAGCUCUAAAAAUCCUUUGGAAUUCGUGGAUGCCUUCCAAAGUCAAAAUAUUUGGUUGGAGGUUGUUGAAGGAGAGAUUGGCAGCGAAAUAUCAGUUGAUUAAACGACACAUUAUAGAGGACAAUGAUAUGAGUCUGUGCGUUUUUGGUUGUGGACAAAGGGAAGAUUCUAAGCAUUUGUUUUUGAACUGUCAAUUUCUAAGAAUGGUAUGGGUAAUAAUCAUGGCAUGGAUAGGCAUAGAACCUGUCACAGGUACAGACUGUUGCAACCAUUUUCUGCAAGUGAUGGAAUCUUUGAAGAAGUGCUGUUCAGUAAGAAGAGCUGCUGGUUUAUGGAUGGAUACAUGCUGGUGCGUUUGGAAAGAGCGCAACGAUAUUACCUUUAACAAUGUUGUAGGUGACAUCGAUGAAAUUGUUCAUAGUGUGAAGAUGCACACUUGA